GGGAGGGAGGGAGGAAAAGAGGAGGAGGAGGCGGAGGAGAACUGAGCGGAGCAUCGAGCCAGAGGGGAGAUGAGUUUGUCUGUCCUCGGCUAAGGCUCCGGCCCGGCCUGGGGAACUGGGAGCUCGGGUUGGAGCGACACCCGUGGAAGUGGGAGGAGGUAGCUCUGGGACUUUAACCCCUUGUGGGCUCUGCGGCAGGGGAUUUAACCCUUUGUGGAUUCGGCCCCUCGGAGGCAGCGUCAUCGGGUAGUUUUAACCCCUUCGGGGCUGGGUUUAACCCAUUGGACUUAAACCUCAUCUCCUUGCCAACUCCUCCAUCGUGGGAGCGCUCGGCGGGCAGGCGUGAAGCCCACCCCUCCGAACAUUACGUACUGUGCCUGCCGCUGCACCCCCUUGGACCUGCUAGUUGGCCACGCUUGUGAGCGCUUAACCCUUUAUUGACUUAACUCCAAGUUGCGAUUGGAGUUUGCUGACAAGACGGACGAAAGGCGUCACUGCAGUCAUUACCGGCCGAAGAGGACUUUGUUGGACAUUUUCUGAAAAGAAAGAGAAACGUCUUUUUCCUUAAGCCAAAAUUCCUCAAACUUCCAGAAGAGGACUCUACUAAGCCAUGGCCGAGCCACUCUUGUCAGAACAUCAACACCAGCCUCAAACUAGCAACUGUACAGGUGCUGCUGUUGUCCAUGAGGAGCAGAACUCUGAGCGCCCCCCAGGCGCGGAGGAACGGGUGCCCAAGGAGGACAGUAGGUGGCAAUCGAGAGCGUCCCCGCAGUCCGGUGGCCGUCCGGGGAAGGAGGGAGAGGGGGGCCUGAAGCUCCAGCCGCCCCCCCUGCAGACCAAUGACUGUUCAGAAUCGAGCUGCCUGGAAACGGGCGAGAAGGGCCAGAAUGGGGAGGACCUCUCUACUGGCGGUGCCUCCCCGUCGGUGGAGGGGGAAGCGAUGCCCCUUGUCCUGCCAGGUCAUGACUCGGAGGCCACCAAGUUGGGGGCUCCUGCCGCUGGAGCCGAGGAAGCAUGGGGACAGCAGCAGAGACAACUGGGCAAGAAAAAACAUCGGAGACGCCCCUCCAAGAAGAAGCGGCAUUGGAAGCCAUACUACAAGCUGACCUGGGAAGAGAAGAAAAAGUUCGACGAGAAGCAGAGCCUGCGAGCCUCGCGGGUUCGAGCUGAGAUGUUCGCAAAGGGCCAGCCGGUCGCGCCCUAUAACACCACGCAGUUCCUCAUGGAUGACCACGAUCAGGAGGAGCCUGACCUCAAAACCGGCCUCUACCCAAAGCGGGCAGCCGCCAAAUCCGACGACACCAGCGAUGAGGACUUUGUGGAAGAAGCUGGUGAGGAGGACGGGGGCAGCGAUGGCAUGGGAGGGGACGGCAGCGAGUUUCUUCAGCGGGACUUCUCGGAGACGUACGAACGGUACCACGCCGAGAGCCUGCAGAACAUGAGCAAGCAGGAGCUCAUCAAAGAGUACCUGGAGCUGGAGAAGUGCCUCUCGCGCAAGGAGGACGAAAAUAACCGGCUGCGGCUGGAAAGCAAGCGGCUGGGUGGCGUCGACGCGCGAGUGCGGGAGCUGGAGCUGGAGCUGGACCGGCUGCGCGCCGAGAACCUCCAGCUGCUGACCGAGAACGAACUGCACCGGCAGCAGCAGGAGCGAGCGCCGCUCUCCAAGUUCGGCGACUAGACUGAAAACUUUUGGGGGGAGGGGGCAAAGGGGACUUUUUACAGUGCUGGAAUGUAACAUUAUAUACAUGUGUAUAUAAGACAGCGGACCUUUUUAUGACACAUAAUCAGAAGAGAAAAUCCCCCUGGCUUUGGUUUGGUAAAUUUAGCUAUGAUGUUGCUUGUGUGCUUUCUCCUGUUCUUUAAUUAUGUGAAACUGAAGGGUUGCUUUUCUUGUUUUCCUCCUUAGACGUUGUUUCUUAAUGUGCAAGUAAUUUGACCAAGUUAUAAUGCAUUUUUCUGUUAAAAAAAAAAAUCCCCUCCUUAAGCGGAGCUAUGAGGUGGCCAAAUCUGAGACCCAUUGCAGUCAUCCUAGUUAUAAUAAAUUUAAUGUUUGUAAAUGUAACAGUUUCAGUGUGAUUUCUAGAGAUUCAAAAUCGUGCUGAUUGUGUGAUUGUACUUUUGAGGAGGGUUUAAAAAAUGUUAAAUUUAUCAGUUUGCAAAAAGACUUGAAGAAAUUGUUUGCCCCCCCCCCAAUGGUUUUAAUAUACUUCAAAAUACAGUUCAGGUAAAAUACACUCAGUUUUAUCUUCAGUA